AUGGACUCCCCCGUCUGGUUCAUCACUGGCGCCUCCUCGGGGUUCGGCCUCGCCAUCGCCAAAGAAGCUCUCUCGCGCGGCCACCGCGUCAUUGCAACAGCCCGCAACCCAGCAAAGCUCUCUGAACUGGCCUCCGCAGGCGCCGACCUCCUCUCCCUGGACGUCACCGCCGGCGAGACUACAGUGACAGAAACGGUCAACAAGGCCUUUGCCCUCCACGGGAAAGUGACACACGUCGUCAAUUCGGCCGGCUACAUCCUCGAAGGCACCGUCGAGGAGGCCAACGCCCAGGAAGUCUUUGACCAGUUCAACACCAACGUCCUCGGCACUCUCAAGGUGUCCCGCGCAGCGGCUCCCCACCUCCGCGCCCAACGUUUCGGUGUCGUCGUGAACAUUGGUAGCCUUGGCAGUUGGAAAGGCGGCCCAGCUUUUGCUCUCUACUGCUCCACUAAAGCGGCUGUCAGUAUGCUAACCGAAGGCUUCUACGAUGAGUUGAAGCCGUUUGGUGUUGAUGUCUGCGCUCUCGAGCCGGGCUACUUCCGUACCGGGUUCCUGAACCCCGGCGCUCGCAUCAAGGCUGAGCUGUCCGUUGGUGCAUAUAACGAGAGCUCGGCGGGCCAAGUCAGGAAAUUGCUGGAGACUGUCGACAACAACCAGCCCGGCGACCCAAUCAAGGGCGCGCGCGUAGUGGUGGACGUCAUGACCAAGUCUGGGGUUGCUGAAGGACGUGAGAUUCCUCCGAGGCUGGUCUUAGGCACUGACUGCCUCGCUACUAUUCGCGAAAAGUGUAAGAGCACUAUUUCUCUUCUCAAUGAGUGGGAGCCGAUCUCUGCUUCGACCGAUUUCUAG